AUUCUGUUUCUACGUUUUGUUUGUAGGUUAUGUUUUAGUCGUCAAUUGUCAAAAUUAAUAUGGAGUGUUUUUCGUGGAAAUAUAUAGAUAUGUAACGGGCUUAUUAAAAGACUUGGUUAUUAUUAACAGGUUGUGUUUAUCGAUUGGAAUACACGUGAUUAUUGCUGUUUGACCGUAAUGACUCUGUAGUUGUAAUUAAUACGAAUUGACAUUGAGAUGAGAUGUGAAUGCAAAAGUCGAUACGCACUUAUUACUUGAGUUACUUUUUUCAAAUAUAUAUUACAUGACUUCAGUAUAGUGUUGUAAAUAAACGUCAAAAAUUAGUAUCAUUCCGGAAAAAAAUCAAAAUGACGAUGAGUCAAUUAUCCGUUAUGAAACUUUACAAUACAGUGGUAGAUGAUGUGAUAGCUGGUGUGCGGGAUUGCUUUCUAGACGACGGAGUAGACGAGCAAGUCUUACAAGAAUUGAAACAAUUAUGGAAGACAAAGUUAACAGCCAGUGGAGCUAUGGACCCACCUCAACCGGAAGGUCCAGUAAUGCCGCCACCACCACCGGUGCUUCAAAACUUUCAAAAAGCAAAUGGAGGUAAUGUUUUACCUAAAAGACCAGCAGAUAUGGCACCUCAAAGUUCAAGUCAACAUUCAGGUGUUGAACAUGGUGCACCCUCAUCAAACAUGCCUGGUGCUCAUCCACACCAUGUUAUUGAUCCUAACAACAAAGUUCCAGUACAAUUAACACUACCAGCUCAACCUGGAGUACCUGGAUCACAACCUCGUUCCUUUACCAUUCAAAUACCGGCGUCUGCACUUAAUGGAAAUAAACUACAUCAAGUUCUUACAGGUCCUAUAAUUAAUGCCACAAUAAGUUUGCCACAACCUUUGGCUGCGACUCUCUUACAACAACAUAUCAAUUCAGCACUAGCAGGCCAACAGAAUGAAUUUGAUGGAGGCGGAGGGGGCAGAAGCAGUGCUGCUCCAUUUUCAUUAGAUGGAGCUUUAGAUUCAUCUGAUGAUGAGGGCUCAAAUGUUGGUGAUGGAUCUGAAGAUGGCGCUGGAGAUGAUGACGAGGAUGAGGAGUCUGCAGAAGAGAGAGCCGAGGAAGAAGAAGAAGAGAGGGAUGAGAGUGGUGGGGCAGAGGAGGAGCCAUUAAACUCGGGGGAUGAUGUUUCAGAUGAAGAACCUGGUGAUAUGUUUGAUACUGAAAAUGUAGUUGUGUGUCAGUAUGACAAGAUAACUCGUAGUCGUAAUAAAUGGAAAUUUUACCUUAAAGAUGGUAUAAUGAAUUUGUCAGGUAAAGAUUAUGUUUUCCAAAAAGCUAACGGUGAUGCAGAGUGGUGAAUAUAUGCAUUUAUGAAUGACGAGUGCUUAAAUGUUUGUGUGAUUUUCCUGAUUGUUAAAAAAAGGAAUUAAAGACAGUAACUAAAUGGUAUCUCAGAUAUAUGUAUAGUAUAUUCUUUGUAUUUUAUAUCCCUCAAAUAUUGCACUUGAAUAUAUAUCAGGAAAACCUGUUUAUUUACUUAAAUACAAUAUGCAAUGCUAUUUGUAUCAUAUCAUUUGUAUCGUUGGAAAAUAAUAAGUCAAUGUUUGUAUAUCAAUUUGUAAAAAUAUUGAAUAAUCUUAAUUCGAUCACUUACGAGCUUCAAGGAAAUAUAGAUUGUAAAUUGUAUUUGUUUUGAGUAUAACUUUGCUAAUAUAGCUUCACUAUACAACAAUAUUCAUACCCUAUAUAUCUAUAGCCUAUGGUUACUACUUACAAUUUGAUGGGCCGUAACCCUGUUUGCAGACUUCAGAGUCGAUUUAAAAAUAAUAAUGUUGAAAUAAAUAUAUCUGACUUUACCCGUCCUGAAAUCCUCUAGGAGCAUAUAAAAGUGCCAAAGAAUAUUAUUAUUGAUUUAAUCAUUAUUGUGUUUUAGUUUUUGUACCACAAAAAAAUUCUGAAUUAAAACGGUAUCCAGUGAAGCUAUGUAGCAUAAAACAAUAAUGUAUGUAAUGUCUACAUAUUGAUUAAACUUAUGAAUCCAUUGAUCACUGACACAAUAGAGAUCACCAAAUCAUAUAUUGGUGUACUAUUUGUAUCUGUCUAUAUGUUUCCUGUAUUAUUUUACAAAAUGAUUAAUUUUAGUAUGCCUUGAGUUGUUCACAAAGCUAUUUCUAUUUGUUGUGUAAUUUUGAUAUUAACUUCAAAAGUGUUUAGUUAAUAGAUUAUGGUUAUUAAGCAAAUCAUUUCAUUUCAUCUAUAUAUCAUCAUUUCAAGUUCUAGACUUAAAAGAUUAAGUUGUUUUAUUCCUUGAUUAUUUCUUAUUUUUUACAUUGUCAUACAAUAUUUUGUGAUAUGGAUAUUAGUUGUCUUAAAGAAAUUUUAAUUAGAAUGUUGCCAAUAUCUUUUAAAACCAGUAGUUGGAUUCCAAACAUAAUCUGGUAUACAGCAAUUAAUGUUAUAUGUUACUAUUAAAACAAUGUAACACUUAGAAUAAUGGUCCCUUAUGUGAUGAACUUUGAUAACAAUGGUAAUAAUAAUAAAAUAUGUUGCAUUAA